CUGCCAUGGGACAUACCGUGAUUUACUAUGGCAAAUAAUCAUUUUGUCGCUUUUAAUUACACCGAAUGACUCCUGGUUAACCAGCCGAGGCUCGUAGACAGUGAAAUGGAUUGAGGGUUAAAUGCCAAGUAGUUUGAGCUAACCACAACCGAGUGGAUAAUACUCGGCGGUGAUGUGAAGUAACGGCGGAGGCAGCAUCGCCACUUCUGACUUUUUUUCUGGGAACGGUUCAGUCCAUCCGAAAAGCCACACACAACGAUGAAGUGCAGCCCCCCACCGCAGGAUAUUAUGGUGCUCGUUUCGCCACCCUUAGCUGCCCCCUAAAGAUAAUAACCGGUGUAUAAAACGGGCCUGUCAACUGUAAGGGCUUUGGCGGACCAAACGUGAGGAGAAAGGCCAGCUGGAAGUCUGCUUUGACUCCAGCAGCCGCCAUGGGCGAGGAGGUGAGCAUGGAGUAUUUGCUGGAGCAGGUGACGCAGAAGGACCUGGGGAAGAGGCUCCAGGUGGGCCAGGAGAUCAUAGAGCUCAUGCUGGACGAGGAGAAGUCCCCCGAGCUGGAGCAGGACCAGACCACGCUGGACAGGAUGGUGGACGCGGUGGCCAGCUCCUGGGUCAACUCCAGCAACUUCAAGGUGGUUUUGCUGGGGAUGGAUAUCCUGUCUGCUCUGGUCAGCAGACUGCAGGAGAGAUUCAGGACGCAGGUUGGAACUGUUCUGCCGAGCUUGAUAGACCGACUAGGAGAUGCCAAGGACCAGGUACGAGACCAGGACCAAGCACUUCUACUGAAGAUCAUGGACCAGGCUGCUAACCCACAGUACGUGUGGGAGCGAAUGAUGGGAGGCUUCAAACACAAGAACAACCGUACCAGAGAAGGACUCUGCCUCUGUCUCAUCUCAACCUUAAAUGUGUUUGGAUCUCAGAGUCUGACGCUCAGUAAAAUAGUUCCUCACAUCUGUAACCUCCUCGGAGAUCCCACAAGUCAGGUGCGCGACGGAGCCAUGAACUGCCUCGUAGAGAUCUACCGCCAUGUUGGAGAGCGAGUGCGAAUGGACCUGGGAAAGAAGGGUCUGCCUCAGUCACGGCUGAACGUCAUCUUCAGUAAAUUUGACGAAGUUCAGAGGUCAGGGAACAUGGUCCUGUCACCUGUGUCAGACAAAAACUUUGAGGACGAUGACUCGGUGGACGGCGGCCGCUCCUUGUCCUCGUCCAAAGGAGCCUCGCUGUCCGGGAGGAAGACGAUGAGCAUGGGUUCAUUUCGACGACCCGCCUCCGCCUCCAGCACCAAGUCCGCAGGGAGGGACGGGUCCAGUGCUGGAGCCGUGGAUGAAGAGGACUUCAUCCAGGCCUUUGAGGAUGUGCCCACAGUGCAAAUCUACUCUAACAGGGAGGUGGAUGAGGCCAUGACGAAGAUUCGAGACGUGCUGUCAGAUGACAAGAGGGACUGGGAGCUCAGAGUGGCGGCUCUGAAGAAGGUGCGUUCGCUGCUCCUGGCCGGCGCAGCAGAGUUCGAUGGGUUUCUGCAGCAGAUGCGGCUCAUGGAGGCGGCGUUCAAGCUGUCUGCCAAGGACCUCCGCUCUCAGGUGGUGAGAGAGGCCUGCAUCACUCUGGGCCACCUGUCGUUGGUGCUCGGCAGUCGGUUCGACCACGCGGCAGAGGCCGUCAUGCCGACCCUCCUCAACCUGGUCCCCAACAGUGCCAAAGUCAUUGCCACCUCCGGCGUGGCCGCCAUCCGCCUCAUCCUCAGACGCACACACUACCCGCGUCUCAUUCCCAUCAUCACCAGCAACUGUACGUCCAAAUCUGUUGCUGUCAGAAGACGCUGCUAUGAGUUCCUGGACCUGCUGCUGCAGGAGUGGCAGACGAGCUCUCUGGAGAGACAUGGAACAGUUUUAAUGGAGACUAUAAAGAAAGGGAUCCACGAUGCAGACGCCGAGGCUCGAUCUGUGGCUAGAAAGUGUUACUGGGGUUUCCACGGUCACUUCAGCCGAGAGGCGGAGCAGCUGUUCCAGGGCCUGGAGUCGUCAUAUCAGAAAGCCCUCCAGGCUCACCUGAGGAGCGGAGACAGUCUGAUGUCGCUGCCUGCCUCCGACCGCUCCUCCUCCUCCUCUCAGGAGAGUCUCAAUCGUCCCCUGUCUGUAAAAAGCACCGUUGGAAGCAGCACAACCAGAUCCAAACCUGCCCACUCCUCCAGGACUCCUGCAGCGGCUUCCUCUCCAGGCUCCCUCCAGCGUUCUCGCAGUGAUGUGGACGUCAACGCAGCAGCCACCGCCACGGCCCGCACCAGGAUGCCUGCCGUGCCCGCCGCCGUAGCGUCGUCGGCUUCCCCCUUCAGCUCGGCUUCGGCCCUUCCGCCUGGAUCCUACGCUUCACUGGGUCGAGUACGAACCCGGAAGACGAGUUCAGGAAACGGUCCGUCUGUGUCAGACAGCCGUGGACGGAGCCGAGGGAAGGUCGUCUCACAGUCUCAGCCCGGCAGUCGGUCCGGUUCUCCAGGCCGACUGCUGAGCUCCACCUACGGCAGAAUCCCGAGACCGACGAUGGGCACUGGCGCCGGCGCCGCCGGCAGCACCUCCACCAGUCUGGCCGACAAGAGCCAACCUCGAGGUCACCGCAGCCAGGGCUGCAGCCGAGAAACCAGCCCCACCAGAUCAGGCAUGGUCCGGAGUCGAAUCCCUCGACCGAGCAUGAGUCAGGGCUGCAGCCGCGAAACCAGUCGCGAGAGCAGCCGCGACACCAGCCCCGCCAGGGGUUUCUCCCCCCUGGACCGGCUGUCCCAUCAGGCUCGGAUCUCGGCCUCCGUCAACGCCAUGAGAAUCCUCAACACCGGCACUGAGGUUGAGGCUGCUGUGGCAGAUGCUCUGCUCUUAGGAGACUCGAGGAAUAAGCGGAGGCCGGUGAGGCGGCGUUUUGAGUCGCCGGGCAUGUACUCGGACGACGACGCCAACAGCGACGCCUCCAGCGCCUGCUCGGAGCGCUCGUACAGUUCGCGCAACGGCGGCAUGGCGCCGCACUACCUGCGUCAGACGGAGGACGUGGCGGAGGUGCUGAACCACUGCGCCAGCGCCAACUGGUCUGAGAGGAAGGAGGGACUGCUGGGACUGCAGAACCUGCUCAAGAGCCAGAGGAUGCUCAGUCGUGUGGAGCUGAAGAGGCUUUGUGAGAUCUUCACCAGGAUGUUUGCAGACCCUCACAGCAAGAGAGUCUUCAGCAUGUUCCUGGAGACUCUGGUGGACUUCAUCAUGCUGCACAGGGAUGACCUGCAGGACUGGCUCUUCAUCCUCCUCACCCAGCUGCUGAAGAAGAUGGGGGCUGACCUCCUGGGCUCCGUCCAGGCCAAAGUCCAGAAGGCCCUGGACGUCACCAGAGAGUCAUUCCCGUAUGAGCAGCAGUUCAACAUCCUGAUGCGUUUCAUUGUGGAUCAGACGCAGACGCCCAACCUUAAGGUGAAGGUGGCCAUCCUGCGCUACAUCGAGGCUCUGGCCCGCCAGAUGGACCCGGCUGACUUUGUCAACUCCAGCGAGACGCGCCUAGCAGUCUCACGCAUCAUCACCUGGACCACCGAGCCCAAGAGCUCCGACGUGCGUAAGACCCUUCAUAACUGGGCAGGGGAGGAUUUCUCAGGCCGACCCAGCACCGUGGCCUCUCUGCCUGGGGAGGGCAACCUGGAGGAGAGGUGCAAGCAGGCAGCCCAGGUGGUGUUGAUCGCCCUGUUUGAGCUGAACACACCUGAGUUCACCAUGCUGCUGGGAGCUCUGCCCAAAACCUUCCAGGACGGGACCACCAAACUGCUGCACAACCACCUGAGGAACGCCAGCGCCAACAGCGGCAUCGUCAUGGCGUCCCCCAGUAACUCGGCGGGCCGGACGCCUCCACGACAGCCGAGCAGCCGCAGCAGCCCGCUGACCUCGCCCACCAACUGCUCCCACGGGGGGCUUUCUCCCAGUAUGCUGGAGUACGACAGUGAAAACCUGAACUCAGAGGAGAUCUACAGCUCUCUGCGCGGCGUCACCGAGGCCAUCCAGAACUUCAGCUUCCGCAGCCAAGAAGACCUGAUGGAGCCACUGAGGCGGGACGGCAAGAGGGAAAGCAUGUCCGGAGUCGGGGCGUCCUCAGACUCUGACCCUCGGCUCGGUGGUGACGUGGUGGAGGGUGGACGCACAGCCCUGGAUAACAAGACGUCGCUGCUGAACACUCCUUCGCCGCGGUCCUUUGCCGGCCCGCGCUUCCGUGAUUACAAUCCGUACAACUACACCGACAGCAUAAGCACACUGGACAAAGCUGCCCUAAAGGAGGCGCUGUAUGAGGAUGCCGUGGAGCAGCUGCGAGAUGGCCGCCGUCAAGAAAGUGUCGAAAACAAGAUCCUGAACCCCAAAAGCUUCCCUGCUGGCCCCGCCGAGCAGCUGGAGUUGGUCGCGGAGCUGCUGAAGGAGCUCUCUCAGAGCCAAGCAGGGGAGCGGGGCCCCGAGGAGCGACGGGGGACCCUUCUGGAGCUGCUGAAGGUGGCCAGGGAGGACAGCCUGGUGGUCUGGGAGGAACACUUCAAGACCAUGCUGCUGCUGCUGCUUGAGACGCUGGGAGACAAAGACCACACGAUCCGGGCUCUGGCCCUGCGAGUCCUGAAGGAGAUCCUGAGGAACCAGCCGGCCCGCUUCAAGAACUACGCCGAGCUCACCAUCAUGAAGACGCUGGAGGCUCACAAAGACUCGCACAAGGAGGUGGUGCGGGCGGCGGAGGAGGCGGCCUCCACGCUGGCGGGCUCCAUCCAACCGGAGCAGUGCAUCAAGGUCCUCUGUCCCAUCGUGCAGACGGCAGACUACCCAAUCAACCUGGCCGCCAUUAAGAUGCAGACCAGGGCCAUUGAACGCAUCACCAAGGAGCCGUUACACCAGCUGCUGCCUGACAUCAUACCCGGACUCCUGCAGGGCUACGACAACACAGAGAGCAGUGUGAGGAAGGCCAGUGUCUUCUGCCUGGUGGCCAUCUACUCUGUGAUUGGAGAGGAGCUGAAGCCCUACCUGGCUCAGCUGACCGGCAGCAAGAUGAAGCUGCUCAACCUGUACAUCAAGAGGGCCCAGACCUCAACCAGCACCAGCAGCAGCUCCUCCGACAUCUCCUCCUACUAACUCCCGCAGCACACGCUUAGCUCUCAGCCUCGCCGUAACACAGAAACAAUUUUCAUUCCAUCAGCUGAUCUGAAGUCCGUGCAUAUGGGCUCAUGAUUAUUUAGAUGUUCCUUGUAGGACCAGGGCCUGCGCCCAAAACCUCAUCUUCCCAACCAACAUUUCAUUCCUUCCGCUGCUGAUAAAGUUGUCUUGAGAAGAUCAUGCUGUCAUGGCUCCGCUUUCCGGACCAUCUACCCAUCGUCUUGAAAGCUUUGGUCAUUUUUGGCAGGCAAGGUGAACCUGGCAGCUAAGGUGUUUCAUGAAGAACCAGGCCUUGUACCUGAACCUCCACACUACCGUUAGAGUCAUGAGCCUUAAGACUCAUCUUCCAUCUACGUACGAUGGAACCGAUGUGAUCGAAGAAACCAGUUUUUAGAGGCUGUGUGCCUGAAACCAACAUCUCCUCUUCCUACUCGCUCCUCGUGUCACCAUCACAUUGACUUUACAAAUCCAGUAUUCCUCGGUCGAGUGGAUUUAAGGUGAUCUUUGGAGCCGAGGUGAUCCUGAAAAAUAUUUCUGAAAGUUAUCCUAGCAUUGAGACUGUCCUCUUACACUUUUGAAGGGUGUAAGGUGAGUUUGGAAUCGUGGAAGAAGAGGAGAACUUUGUGGUGUAACUUCCUUCCUCUCAGCGCAGGAGGAAAUCUGUGGCUAUCAGUAUUUUUAUUCAUUUUAAUACAUUUUAAUCCACUUCUUUGAAUAAUGUAUUUGCUUUGACACAUCAAACCUUAUCGUAUAUUGAAUGUAAAGAGCUUUGAAUGACUGUGGACCUCACCCGUGUUUCUCCUUCCAGAACUACUGCCUCAUUGUACCUGGUGGAUCAAUUUUAAAGGAAUCGGGAUAUUUUCCGAUUUUUAACAUGUUCAUUUGGUGAAUUUUGAACCGUGUUGGUCUUUCAAAGAAAGUGGCACAAUAGUUUUUUAAUGGCUGAUUUCAAGGGUCCAUCUGAAGAUUGAUAUGUUAGAAAUUAUGAGCUUUGAUUUUCAAAUUCAGCUGACACCUCACUGAAUGCAACAGAAGAGGAUUGUAUCAGCUGUCCAAAAUGUGAAAUCCAAGUUCAUGUGAGUUUAUGUUAGAUGAUCAUUUGGCUGGCCAAUGAUUUUAAGCACUACAGAGGGGACCCGUUUUGGGCCCAAGUACCAGCAGAAGAUACCAGUGUUGUUAUUAUAAAAACAAAACAUCACAAUCUGCAAAAUCAGUUUUUACUUGUGAAGGAAAGAAAGGACUUUGUUCGAUCUAUGUAAAACUUAUCAGCUGAAUUUCCAUUUAAAAAUCAAUGAUAGAUAAUUGACUGCUUUUUUACCAUGUUUUCCCACCUGGAUUGAAAAAUGUGAAAUUGAAACUGGAUUGUUUUUGCGCAGGAUUUGCCUCAUAGAUAAACUCUUAAAAAGGAAUAAUGCUCCUGAUCUCAUGCACGUUUCCUUUGCCCAGGGCUGAACGAUAAGUCACUUAUAUACUGAAAAACACUAACAGACUACUUCGUCUUGCUCUGGAUAAAUGAUCUAUGUAAUUGGCCCACGUGAAUUUCAGGCAGGUAGAUGGCAGCUCGGCGGUUGUUGAGUGAAAACGACAGACGGUUGGUAAACAGAGGUGUCGGGAACUGAAAGAGCAUCAUAUCAUUGGUUUAUGCUCUGUGCUGUAACAGCUUAAGUAGCUAAAGCACGGAGUUGUCAACAGGAUCAUUAGAAGUCAUCAGUACAAUGAAACAUUGUAAGAAGCAACUUAGUUUAAUUUAGCUUUUUGCCGUUACAAAACAACAUACACAAAACACACCUGUUGAAAACCGUGACUGGACAUCAGCAGUUAAUAAUGUGUACCGUUAAAAAAAGUACUUUUGAAUGUCAUGCUAAUAAUUAAAUGAUAUUUAGUAAUGUCACUAAUAUAAUACCUUGAUAAAAAUGGGAUAAACUAGUUAAUUUUUCUAUAGAAAAAUCAGCAGAAUUGGCUUUUCUCUGACAGACUGGUUCGAAAUCUGAAGUCUGUUCAUGUAGAAAUGAUAAAUUUGUCAUUGUGCUUUGUAAAAGCGUAUCAUUUUUUAAUAUUAUGUAGGAAACAACUACAUUUCUGUAUUUUCAUUUAUAGAGGAUGCCUGCAAUUUAAAAAGCAAGGUGACAUUUUUCUAAAAUCGUUCAGCCCUACUUCCUGGAGGUCACAAGGUCACCUUCCUGGAGAUUUAAUCCCGACCUUGGUCCAAAGACAGCACGCUUUUAUCCAUAUUGUGAUGUAAUUUCAAAGCAUUAAAUUAAAAGUAUUUUAAGUAUUCAAUCUACACAAGCUAUGACUGAUAUUCUCAUUUUCAUGCUAAGUUUUAUUAGCAAGAUAGGUCUCGUAGUUAAAGACCAGAGCCCGCUUCACAUUAGAUGAUCUUGUCUUGCAGUGGGACCAAAGACAUUCACACAACCUCCUCUUCAAAUUAAAAGACAGCUGUUAAAAUGAUUGACACAUGCUGUGUUUGAUCAUGUUUUUAUGUAAAGUUGUCCCUGUAAAUAAUGUUAAAAAAAAAAAAAAUUUACCUGACAGUAGUUAGUUGUUUGGGAAAAAAUGAUGCCUGAAAGCAGACAUGAUGAGAAAUGAAAACUACUCUGAUUUUCUUUUUUUUUCUUUCCAUUUUUCAAUCCAACACUCCAAAGGUAAAAAAAAUUUAGGAAAAACAUUCAUAUUACAUUGAUACAAUUAACAAAAAAUAACAUUUUACAAACCUAAUUAAAUGUUCCACCUUUCUAUUAUUGAUAUCAGUUGAAAAGUAAACUGAUA